CAAUAUAGAUUAUAUUCAUGUCUGUAAUGUAGCUAUUUCAGAUUGAGGUCAAAUCUGCCCUGGCUGGCUGCGCACGCAGAAUUCAGCGCGAGCGGGUCGUGAGGUUUGUCUAUAUUCGCUCUGUUCUUCAUCUCAUCCGCAACCGGCUGGCAGAGAGCGACUGAUUAUUCUGCCGGAGCCGGACUACACCAAGGAACAACACUCGGACAAUUUUGAGAAUGAAUGGAUUUAUGCCUGCUUCGGUGCUCAGAAAUGACAAUCCACUCGGGCGCAGGGUAUGCUGCGAAAUUGACGAAAAGCCCAAGACACAGGUAUCCCAGCUUCGUCAAUAACAGCUCGUUGGUACCGAAACAUUCCAAUUUCAUGUUAUAACAUCGUGCGUUGUGGAUAUCAGUGAUUUUUGUCGUUUAUUUGUACAUGUCCACCGGUCUCGUUCUGUGUUUAAAUGCGUCGGCUUGGCUAGGACAUGGCUCGCUUCUCACCAUGCUAUUUAUGGGGUUGGUAUUUUUUUCUCCACGGAACAGCCAACACCUCAGAGGCAUAUGAAAGAGGGAUGUGACACGGAUUCCACAUAUCCCGAAGGAGGCUGCUUAGAGAAGAAUAUGAAAAAGCAAGACAUUGGAGAGACCAUCCAUUUUGUGUAAGGAGAAUAUAUUUUGAUGAAGGAGACACUGGGAUAAUUAUAGAAACUGGAGCCUCUGGAUAUACAUUCAUCGACAUGGGAGCACCCAGCUGUGAAAAUACAUGUUGGGCUUAUUAAUUGUAUGAUUAUAAUGACUAUAGGCUAAUGGUUGGAUCAUAUCCAUUAAAAAAUCAUAAAAUGUGAUGGCAUCUUUUCGGGAAAAAUGCAAUAGGAAAAGAUGACCCAGAAAUCGGGAUCGCCCUGUCAUCCAUCUGUGCCUUCAGCAUCAUGUUAUGAGGUGGAGUGGCUGCGAGAGAAUAUCAACUGAAUUGUACAUGGAUAUCGCUGAUUUGUAGGCCUAUGCGAUUUUUUACAUUCAUAUUUCAUAAUGUAACUGACUUUCACAUAUUUCUUUCAAGGCAAACAUUGAAUUAUUGUGUCUAUCGGGAUCGUAUCCAUUCCACUUGGUCUCCAAGUGUCAAAUGAAAUGAAUAUCUAAACGAGAAUUUAAAGGGAGCAACCUCGAUAUAAUCAAGACUCGUUUUUCGAACCAAGCAAACAUCGCGUGGCACACAGAUAGGGCGGCAGGUAGCCUAGUGCUUAAGAGCGAGUAACUGAAAAGUCGAUGGUUCGAAUCCCCGAGGCGACUAGGUGAAAUAUCUGUCGAUGUUCCCUUGAGUAAGGCACUUAACCUUAAUUGCUCCUGUAUAUGGCUCUGGAUAAUAGCGUCUGCUAAAUGACUAAAAUGUAAAUGUGGAUAAAGCAUAUAGCUGUCAUAUGAAUAUAUGGCGUGAAGUGAUGGCCUGUUGUUUUUUAUUCUAAUAUUGUCCCACUGUGAUCUAUUUUUCUAUUUUCUCAAUGUUAUUUGUCCAAGCUCCGCCACAAAUUUCUGGAUAAAAAAUCGGACCGCGGGUUUAUCACCCUAAAUGGAAACCAUAUGUGGCCCACUUGAUUUUAAACAAGUGUUUUUUCCAUUACUGAGGAUAUUUUUCUUACGCAGCCAUUCGCCUAACUUUCAAGUGCGAGAAGCUUUUUUAACGCUUAUAGUCUGAUUUUUAGUGAGUGACAUCAACAGAGGUGGAAUUGAUGACACAACUGGACACUGCUGUUGUACUCCGAGGAUAUUGCACUGUACAAGCCACGAGCACCAGGCUACUACGGUCACGGGGAAUUCGACACGUUUCAAGUGCGCUGUCAGUGGGGUUUUGUCUGUUUCGCUCGAAAUGUGGAGAGUUUUAUUGUAGGAGUGCCUCACGACUCGUCGAGAUUUGCCAGGAAAAAGAAAAGGAAGGGGAUAUGAAUCCAAGAAGAUGAUGAUGAUGCUGGAUACACAGAAUGCGACCCAGGAGAUAGGUGAGGAGGUGGAGGACGGGGCGGUGUACACCAUCACCCUGCGGAAGGUUCAGAUGCUCCACCACCACCACCACCACCACCACCACCUCCACCCUGGCCACCACAGUGGCGGCAGCGGGGCCAGUAAGGGCCAGCGCUGGCUGGGUGUAGAGACGGAUGCGGCCCUCAGCCUGUACGAGACGUGCAAGGUGCGCACCAUCAAGGCAGGCACGCUGGAGAAGCUGGUGGAGUACAUGGUCCGGGGCAACGACUCCACCUACGUCACCAUCUUCCUCUGCACCUACCGCUCCUUCACCUCCACCAAGCAGGUCCUGGACCUACUGCUCAACAGGUAUGCCAAGCUCCAGCUUGGAUCAGAGGGCCACAGACUGACUCAUGACGAUCGUACGGAACUGAGGAACACAAUAUCCUCCAUCUUGGGGGCUUGGCUGGACCAGUAUUCUGAGGACUUCUGGAAGCCUCCGGAGUACAGCUGCCUGCGACGGCUAAUCUCCUACCUGCACCUCAACUUCCCGGGAUCGGACCUGGAACGCCGCGCCUGCAACCUCCUUGCCCACUUCCACCGCCGACAGCUCCAGGAGCCCGAGCAUGAGUUGUUGGACCAUGGCGGCUAUCCUUUCACCCUACUGGAGGAGAAUGGCUACGAGGAUGAGCAGCUGGACUUCCUGAACUUUGACCCGGCAGUGGUGGCUGAGCAGUUCACCCUCAUGGACGCGGAGCUCUUUAAGAAGGUGGUCCCCUACCACUGUCUGGGGAGUAUCUGGUCGCAGCGGGACAAGAAGGGCAAGGAACACCUGGCACCCACCAUCCGUGCCACCGUCACCCAGUUCAACUGCGUCACCAACUGUGUCAUCGCCACAUGCCUGAGCGAGCGCUCGCUCAAACCUACGCAGCGCGCCAAGCUGGUGGAGCGCUGGAUCGAAGUGGCCAGGGAGUGUCGAAUCCUGAAGAACUUUUCUUCACUGCGGGCUAUCCUCUCUGCUCUGCAGUGCAACCCGGUCCACCGGCUGAAGAGGACAUGGGACGAGGUGUCUAGGGAGAACUUCCGCAUCUUCCACGAGUUGUCAGAAAUCUUCUCUGACGAGAAUAACCAUUCGCUCAGCAGGGAGCUGCUCAUUAAGGAGGGCACGUCCAAAUUUGCAACCCUGGAAAUAAACCCCAAACGAGCCCAGAAGAGACAGCAGCAACCCCGAGACCUGAGUGUGAUGCAGGGGACCAUUCCUUACCUGGGCACUUUCCUUACAGACCUAGUCAUGAUGGAUACUGCCAUGAAGGACUACCUGGAUGGAGGGCUGAUCAAUUUUGAGAAGAGGAGGAAGGAGUUUGAGGUGAUUGCCCAGAUCAAGCUUCUGCAGCUAGCUUGCAACAACUAUAACUUCACCCGCAACAAGCGUUUCCGAGAGUGGUUCUCCGGUGUGGACAAACUCACAGAGGCCGAGAGCUACAGCCAGUCGUGUGAAAUCGAGCCACUGUCAGAGUCAGCUUCCAACACUCUGAAGAAGAAGAACACAGGAAUCAUCAAACGCUGGAGCGAUCGCCAGCCGGCCAGCUCGGAGCCAGGCUGCAGCAGUGCGGGUAGUUCCCACUCCAAGUCCUUUGACCAGCUGCGCUAUGCCCCCUGCCUGGGGGGCUCGGGUGGAGGUGGAGGUGGAGGGGGUGACGGAGCGGACUCCCUGAGCGUCACCUCCGCUGGCUCCAGCAGCUCCGACGUGGAGGAGAUCAAUAUCAGCUUAAUCUCCGACUCGCCCGAUGCCCACGAGCGAAAGACCUCCACGCCUUCCGUAAAACAUUCCAAUUCCACGUUAGGGAAGUGCGGCCCCUUGCCUGACCUGGCACCCACGUUCUGGGAGUCCACCUCUCUGUCCUCCCUGGACGCCUCUGGUCUGGGCUCUGGCUCGGGCUCCAGUAGCGCCUCCUCCUCCUCCAUGUCCUCCACGCCCGUGGCGGGGGGCGGCUCCCGCUCGCACAAGCGCUCCGUUUCGGGCGUGUCCAGCUACUCGUCGCUGUCACUGCCCCUCUACAACCAGCAGGUUGAUGACUGCUGCAUCAUCCGGGUCAGCCUGGAUGUGGACAACGGCAACAUGUACAAGAGCAUCCUGGUGACCAGUCAGGACAAGACGCCGGCGGUGAUCAGGAAGGCCAUGGUGAAACACAACCUGGACCGGGAGAGAUCGGAGGACUACGAACUGCUGCAGAAGAUCUCUGAGGAGAAAGAGCUGAAGAUUCCGGACAAUGCCAACGUUUUCUAUGCCAUGAACUCCUCGGCCAACUACGACUUUGUCCUGAAGAAACGCGGCUUCCCCAAGGUGGGCCGGACCAAGCACGUGGCCAGCUCCACCCUGCCGCGAAUGAAGCAGAAAGGCCUGAAAAUCGCCAAGGGCAUCUUCUGAGGGGCAACGCCGUGUCAUGCCCACCAGAAAUCCUCGCCCACCUCCCCGCUUCCGGCUGGGCUCUCUGGGUGCCAUCUUUGAGUGCCACCCCUGCUGUGCCAUGGUAGAGGGGCCUGUUGCCAGCUCGGCCGUGUCCAGCGUCUGAGCGUCAAAGUCUCAGAGGACUAAUAAAGCUGAAUGGAAUGGAAAUCCCUAUAGGCAAAUGAACUUGCACUCGACUCCAUUUUGCGAGGCAGGCAACUGCGCUUGUGGAAGAAAUGACUCUGUGUGGAUGCUGUGUAUGCUUACCCACAUCUGACCCCUCUCCCAGGUGUUUCCUAAUCAGGCUACAACCCAUGUUCCAAGUUCUGGUCACUUCCUGUGAGCCCACAUUACUUCCUGGUAGCUUCACAGCUCUCUGUGGACGUCCUAAUCGAGAGGGGAAAACCUGAGUAAAAAUAUAUUUUUUUACACUCCUUUCCUUUCUAGACUACCAACAACUGCAUCUGUUUCUUCGACGUUCCGCGAACACGCGGACUGAGACAGAUGGACAGAUGCUUAGUACUGCCAGAUAGCGGAUGGAGACACGUUCCAACGAACCACUAAAAGGAUUUUGGGAGAGAAAGGCCCCUACUGGAUGGCUACAUCUGGUUGUUGACCAAUCAUCAGAAACUUUACUCCUUUUAACUCCUCACUGCUAAUGGGAACAUGUCCAGUUUGUUAAACUAACACUAUUCACACAAAUAGGGCAUUAUUAUUACUACAGACAUUCAAUAAUAGCUCAUUUUGUCACUACUUUGAUACGGCGGUGCUCUGCAUUUGUGCAUUGCGUCUUAUUUCUCCAAGUGGUGCUAACAGACAAUGAAAUGCUUACAGCCAGCCCGCUCCCUCCCUCCCUCCCCUUUGAUUUCAUGCCUGAUGUCUUCAGUUUCACACUAGAGUUUGAGAGAGAGGCUCUCUCCUGACAGCGAGGUCAACGUAAAACGAGUAGGAAGCCAUGUGGGCUUAAUGAUGAUGGUUCAUGGAAAUAGUGAGGCAUCCAGCAUCCAGCAUCCAUUUUGGUUCAGUAUUUGUUUUAAUGGGUGCAUUUCUGGGAAGCCAAAAAAAGCCACGUGGCCAGUUAUAGUACAUUAUGGUGACCUGAAAUGCACAAUGCCGGGCGGCCAUUGCGGCUCAAACAUGAUGGCACUAAAUGGCUUCUCCUCGAUUGGCAAUGCCUUAGAGAGCAGAACUGCCUACUUAUGGGCCGGAUGGCACAAAAUGGCUGUUGUUGGCAUGGUGACCACUCCCUCAGAUCAUCAGAAAAUUAGCAGUUAGCUCCAAGCCAUUUGAUGGACCACAUGUGUGCUAGACCCUCUUGUAAAUUAUUUGCAGACGGAGAGAAAUGUAUGUAAAAGGACACUGUGCUCCCUUUUAACUGUAAGUGUGUGUGUGGAAAGUACUCGAGCACUCAGAGAGAGAGCAAGAGAGACAGAAAAAUGUAUGUUGUAUUGUGAAAUGAACCGUGGUUUUUAAAUGUCUAGUCUUUUUCUUCCCUGUAGUGUAAAGAAGAAGAAGAAACAAUGAAAGGACUAUCCCUCUUGUUUGCUCCUUCAUUGAGGCCUUUCUUCCUUGUGUACCAGGGUUGAGGUCAACUUCAUUUCAAUUCAGUUAAUUCAGGAGAUAAAUGAAAGAGAGGAAGAGAAAAGUAGAACCGAACUAAAACAUAGUCAACUCCACGUGUGCCAAAGACCAGUGGACUAUGAUGAAGUAUCAGGUAGUUUCGGGAGCAUAGAGAUUUGAAGUGAGGGAGUGAGUUUGCCUGCUGUUGAGAGACUCCUUGCUCAGACAUUGUGUGAUUCUUUGUCUGUGACUAUGAUUGAUGAUAAUGUGAUGACGAGUCCUUGGUUUGUAGUACCCCAUGUCUAUCCAGUUCCUACAGUAUUGCAGAACUUUGGAUCAAACCUAAUAUCCCUAUUUAACAGCAGCCAUGACAGUGGUAUUGUGGAUUACAGUGUAAAACUCAAGCCUGUGCUCAAAGGGUUUUCUGAAACUAGUGACUUUUUGACUGUGACCAUGUCACACUGAGUACAGUUACAUGCACACAAUAAUACAAUUAUUGUGAAUAGUCUGAUUAAUAUAAUAGUUUGAUUAAAACGUUU